GCAAAAAAUUAUAAAAGAGGUAAAAGUUUGGAUCUUUAUUUUGUUAGCACAUUAGAGUAAUUGGAUUUGACUUCGCAAUUAGUAUCAAAGAGAGAGGGGAGAGGUGAAAGCCCAGAUAGACCCACUACAGGCCCACUAAAGGCCCAUUAAAGAAGAAAGACAAUGCUCAUCAAUUCUUUCUUUCUUUCUUUUUUUGUUAAUCUGUUUUGAAGUUUCUUUUCUUACAGGUCGAGUUCAAUCCCAUGCUCUAGGGUUCUGUGGGAGAUUAGGUUUCGCCUUCCCCCCUCCCCUUUUUUUGGUGGAUAUUUCGUGUUUUCUGGGUUUCGUCUUCAUCGAUCUGAAGGAAAGGAUAAUGGAUGCUAAAGCGAUGAAGAAGGCGCUGUUUCGUUCUAAACUCAAUGCGAAGAAGAAAGAUACGCGCAUAGAUUCUCCGCUUGUUAGGUACAAUGAAUCUGAUCAGCCUGUGUGUCGGGUAUGCAAUGUUGUGUUGAAGUCUGAAUCCUAUUGGGAUGCCCACCAAGCUUCUCGUAAACACCAUGAGGCAAUCAGUGUUUUAAAGGCUAGUGCAGCUGGAACUCAACGGGUUAGCAACACGAGGUCUGAAUCUUCGAUAGGUACUGAAAAUGCCGAUUCUGGGAAAAGAAAUUUCGAUACUUCAGAAAAAGCGUCUAAACCUCUGGCUUCUUCUGGGCUUCCUCCAAAUUUCUUCGAAAAUCCUGAGUCUGUGACUAAAAAGGCUGUAGAAGUUGAACCUGGCCAUGAAACAGCUACCAAGUCAAAGCAGACUGCAAGUUCAGAAACCAAGCACGCCAAAGGGUCUCUUCCUGAAGGAUUCUUUGAUAAAAAGAUGAGUGAUUUAAGUUCUUCAAGUGCCAAAACCACUAGUGAAGCUAAACAGACUACUGCCUCAGAAAUGAAACCAGUGGUAAAGGGAGCCCUUCCAGCGGGAUUUUUUGAUAACAAAGAAGCUGACUUGCUUGCUCGUGGAAUAAAGCCUGUCAAACCCGAUAUCAAAGAUGAAUAUAAAGAAUUUGAGAAGUUGAUCCAAGAAGAUUUACAGGUUGUCGAUAACCGCAUGGAAGAAGAGGAGGUUGAUGCGGCUGAGAUGAUAGAAGAGGAGGAACAACUGGAGCAAAGGUCCUACAAGGAGAGGGUAGAAAUUUUGAAAAGAAAGAGAAUGGAACUAAAAGCCGCGAGAUUAGCCAAACGCAGUAAAAUUCCCGAGGCAUCCGUCAAAGCGGCCAAGGCCGAAGAAUCAUCAUCAUCCAGUGACGAUGAAGAGGACGAGAAUCUCACCGUUGAUUGGAGAGCUCAACACCUUUAGAUCAUGCCCCGUAACUUUCCCCGGUAGCCGAUUCUCAGUUCUUUUAAGAUUUAGAAAUAUGGUAUUUGAUGGAACUUAUACGGAUAUAUAUGAUACGUAACAUGAAGGACUCAACAUCAGAGAUGCAGAAAGCUGUGGAUUUUUAGCAGCAGAGAGAUGUUCAAACCAGAAAGCCAAGGCAGAUUCAGUUUGUUUUUACACUUUUGUUCUUCUUCUGCCAAUUUUGACAUGUUUUAUACAGCUUCUUACGUGUAGAACUUCAAAACCGUGGUUACAAAUUUGUUUCCUCGCAAAGGAAGAAGACUUGGCAUCUCUUUUGUAUAUAAAGUUACAAAUUUGGGUCA